ACAUAUGUGUGUGUGAUAAUUUCCAGACAUUUUUGGUGGGAAUGACCCAAUUUGAAUCAAAAUUAGUGCCAACAGCUAAAAAUAAAAAAUUCAAAACACCACAAAGACUUAUUUGAGGUUAUGUUGUGAAAUCUUGAUAUUAUUUUAAAAAAUAUAGGUUUAUUUUGGUUUCAUAUUUUAAGUUACAAAAAUGCGCUCAUUACAAUCGCCCCACUCCAGCUAUAAAAACUCCCAGAGCUGGACAGACGAUUUACCAGUAUGUAAAAACACAGGAAUAGGCUUCUCCACCAAUCAAGUAUACCGAGAAGACGGACAUCCGCAAGAACAACACCAAUAUGAAGAUUGCAGUUCUCACUUCAAGUUCAACGACAAGUUUUACUGGUAUGCUGUCUUCGACGGUCAUGGAGGAAAAAGAGCAGCAGAUUUCUGUUCGCAGCGAAUGAUAGCUGAAAUAUAUUUCUCUCAUCUGAAUGAAAACAAAUCGGACGACGAUGAAGUAAAAAACCUUUUGCGACAAGCAUUUGUGACUGUCGAGAAGGCUUACAUGGAGAGUUUGGAAGAUUUGCUCGCAGAAAGAACAAGUUUUAUGUACGACAUUCCAGAAGGUCUAUCCCCCUAUGAAGCUUACCAAAAAGUACCGCACGUCGUUGAAAAUAUCAGUAGGUUAAAUCAAGAACUUUCAUCUGGGACAGCAGCAGCAGUUGCACUUAUUUUCAAUGACAAACUUUACGUCGCCAAUGUAGGUAACUGCCGGGUGCUGUUGUGUCAGACGGAUCAGAAUUCAGUGCUGAAAGUCCUGCAGCUUAGCGUAGAUCACGAUUUGAAGAACGAAGAUGAACUCCUAAGGCUGUCUCAGAUUGGGAUCAAUACAAAGAACUUGAAACAUGGUUCUCGUCUGGGCAAUCAAGAGAACACUCGUUGCCUGGGAAAUUACAUGGUUAAGUGUGGAUAUUCCGAUUUCGACGACCUUUCAAUGGCAUCACAGGAACCAAUCAUUUCUGAGCCAGACAUUCAUGGAGGCAUUGUUCUGGACGAAUCAUCCCGGUUCCUUUUGCUCAUGUCUGCUGGUCUAUAUAAGUCUAUCGAAGAAGCAACUGGGACUGAUCAAGUCAAUAAAUACAUCGCUCAGUUUGUGGUUGAACAGUUUCGUGAGCAGGCCACCCUAACAGGUGUAGCGCAAGCAGUGGUCGACAAAGCAGUGCGCCUCCACCACGACUGGUUCAUGUCCAACUCCUUCAACCAAACGUGCCUACCGAGGCGAAAAGACAUCACCUUAGUACUUCGAAAUUUCAACUACCACCUCCCAAACGCUAUAACAUCGCCUACCGCCCCUUCGGUCACUUUCAGUCACAAAGUUAGUGUAAAUAGCUUAUCUGAAACGUCUACUCCUACGGCGUCCACUGUUGCCGGCACGAACAUUACAAGUAGUACUAACACGACCAGCGAUACAACCAGCAGUCAAGACUCUAAAACCGAAGAGGACGAUGGUGUGGGUCCUGAUCAGAAAAUAGAAGCGUACGUUGACUUUUCUGUGUUUUACAAGAACUUCGAAAAGGCUAAGAAAGAUGGGACUCCAGGUUUGGAUUUCUGAUUAGUAAUAGGAGAACAGUGACCAUAAAUUAUAAUUGGCAUUGUACUUUUACUGAGCUAAAUAUUGUCCCACUGGCUAGUAAUCCACAUUGAGGUACUAAAAGUAAGCCCUCUGAUUGAAAACUUUACAGUAGUGAGGUUUUGAGAUCUUGGAUUGGGAAAGUGUUUUGAAAAAAAGAUUGGCGUAAUCAUUGAAAUAUUGAACAAAGGUCAUUUUUCGUGGAGGAAAAUCAUCGUUUUUUAUUAACCUUCUUGGGUAUUUUAUCUUCCAGAAUCUUUAUACAGGUGUAAAAAGUUCAGUUACUGUAAAUCCAAAAUAUUUUUUUCAAAGAGACAUGUUCUAUUCAUCAAUAACCUGUCAUGUUUUAUUAAUAUUUCCUAUUAAUUUUAUUGAUACUUUUGUUAUCGUUCUAAAAAGCUAAAAAUCUCAAUCCGUCUUCGGAUUUUGAAAAAAUUAAAUAUAUAUCUAACUUUUGUCAUGCUGAAUCAAUAAGUGAAAACAUAUCUAGACUA